AUGCAGAGAUGCAUCAACAUUUGGUUUGGUGGCAUCGAAGCUUUUGAACAGCAAGUCCAAGGCGACUUAUACAACUUGCUGGUGGAUCAGCUUUCCAAUCACAUGGUGUCAUACUGGCGUUUAGCCGAGGCUUCUCCGGUAUUCCUUUGGUUUCAUCUUGACAUUGCGGCUAACCAGCUGUGGCAUUUUAAGGCAACCUAUCAGCUUCUCUUGGGCCUGUCUCACUGGCUCGGGCUGGUUCCCAUCCUCGUCCGCGUCAUGUUUCGCCUGGCAUGGGCUAUGCAGACAAAGUGUGCCUGGCGACUGCUGGACUAUGUCAAGUCCUUGCUCCUCCUACUGCCAGGGGUCUUCAUCUUCGGUAACAACCAGAAAGAUGAAUACUACUGGGAACUUGAGCUUGUCAUCGACAGUGACAGGGACAUCUUCCUGGAUGUGUACGCAGACUGGUGCGGUCCAUGCGUGGAGGAGAGGGAUGGCUUCAGCCCCGUGCAGCUGCCCCCGGGCUCUAGCCACGAUGCAGCGGACUGGGACUCAGACGGCGACAUCGACAUUCUGGUGGGAGAUGCUGCCGGCACCCUGCGCUUUUUCGAGAACCUCGGAUCAGGGCUUCUGACCGAACGGAUCGGCUUGCAAAGACACGCAGUGCCACGGCUAGUCGACUGGGAUGGGGACGGAGAUCUUGAUCUCCUUGUGGGUGCAGACGAUGGACAGGUGCACUUCUACAGCCGGCUCAGCGAGCAUUCCCUGCACUACCAGGGACCUGUGUUUGCAAAGCUCUCCGAGCCCCACGGUUUCAGUGCCGUCGACUGGGACGGGGACGGGGACCUGGAUAUCAUCUCCUGCGGGGAGGACCCGCGAGCGAAGCUUCGCUUCUUCGAGCGUGUGGAGACGGGGGAGCUCAAGGAAAUGACGGGCACAUUGAAUCCAUUCGCAGGGUUUCGUGUGCCCGUGCAACGGGAGCCCUGUCACAUCUAUGCUGCCGACUGGGAUGGAGACGGUGAUGCAGACUUCCUGUACGUCGGUCAGAACCUCCGGUACUUCACGCGGACCGCACGGGGGACGCUGGUUCAGCGCGAGCGACACCUAAACCCGUUCUACGACCUCCAGAGGAAGGAGAUCGAUUUGCAGACCUUGAGUUUGGUGGACUGGAACCGUGACGGCGACUUAGACAUCAUUGCUGGCCCCGUCGCAUCGAACUCCAGCCUCCGCUUCUUCGCACGCGAGCGUGUGCGGCUGGUGGCCGAGGCUGAGUCUGUGGGACCCGAAGGCAGUGCGGAGAAAGACAACGCGACAAACUACUACGUACCAUGUGCGGUGGACUGGGACGGAGAUGGUGAUACUGAUCUGCUGGUUGGAUGUAGCAAUGGCACAGUUGCCUACUACGAGCGAACACCUCAAGGACUUCAACAGCGCCUUGGGUCCGCAAAUCCCUUCGACGGCAUGUCGGUGGAUCUAAUCGCCGUGCCCCGCGCUGCGGACUGGGAUGGGGACGGUGACACGGAUCUUCUCUUGUCGGGCUUCCACACAGCGGAUGGCGGAUACGACGGCUCAGUGCGCUACUUCGAGCGCAUGGAGGAUGGAAGCCUUCAGGAACGAGUUGGACAAGACAAUCCUUUCCGCAGCUUCGUUCCGGAUGGUGAGAUGGUGGUGGUGCCAAGAGCUGUGGAUUGGGACUCCGAUGGUGACUUGGAUCUCCUCGUCGCAGGUGCUGCGGGGCAGGUUCGGUACUUCGAGCGCUUGGCGGAUGGGUCGCUGCAGGAACACCUUGGCGCUGAGAGCCCCUUCCACGGCUUGGAGGUUGGCCCCGGUGCACUGGAGGUCACAGACUUUGACGGAGAUGGAGCGCUGGAUCUUUUGAUCGGGACCAGCCGUGGGCGCGUGCGCUUCUUCAAGCAAUUGGCAAACCAGUCCUUCUCAGAACUAACAGGAUCUUCAAACCCUCUGGCGGGCGUCAGGGCGCGCUUCGCUGUGAUGCCCUAUGCCGUCGAUUGGGACCAGGACGGUGACACUGACCUGCUGGCUGGUGUUCACACCGGUGGCGUCUCGGGGGUGUUGGUCUUCAACAGAGGCUAUUGCAACUGGCACGAUUGGUGCCUUUCCCGGGGCUUCACGAAAGGUAAGACCGACACCUGUUCUUGCAUCCUGCGUUACGAUUUGAAGGAUUGCUCCGGAUGUGGCGAGGACUACUUCUCCGGGCCCCCGGAUGGCUCUUUGUCCCGGGAAUGUCUGGCGUGCCCCGGCGCGGAGGAUGGGUUCGUCUGCUCUCGGAGGGGCUACUGCCGGGAUGACGCGGCCGCACUCAGAGAAUUCCCAGAGCGCAGUCGCCUGCAGCUUUCGGCCGUGACAGGCAACGGAUCCUGUUCUUGCCACGAGCCCUUUCAGGGAGAAGGCUGUGAGAAGGGCGAAUGUCCAGCAGGACAGGAGUACCACCUGGAAGAGCUCUUCACGUGUCAGCCCUGCUUUCCCGGCUGGUUCAAGGCACAAAGCGGCAACAGCAACAGGUGUCAGAUUUGUGAUGCCGGGCACUUCGCUUGGGAUUGGGGGAGCGCCUCGUGCUCAGUGUGCCGCAGUUCGCAUUUCCGCUCUGUCGUGGAUGUCGCGCGCAUCUCCUGUGACUUCGCUACCAUAAAUGUCCCUGUGGCCAUCGGCGUCAUGCUGUGCUCCAUUCUUUUGUUCCUUCCGUUGCCCCCGAUGUUUUGCCAUGCAAUUCCAGUUUCCGACAUGCGCUUGCAGCAAGCUGGGGUCACCAUAUCAACCACCGGGAGGCAUUGGCUGCUUGCCAAUCGUCUUGCCAUGGUCUCCUUCCAAAAAACCGAAGUUCCCUGGUUGGAUCAGGGAAGCUUUGCGGUGAGGUCUCUGAGUGAGAGGCAGCUGCUGCUAUGUGACAAGCAGGGCGCCCCGAUCUUCACAGGCGCGGACACAUCCUGCGGUUCGGUGCACUUCCAGCCAUGCCAUUCCAUCCGCAUGACCGGAAUGUUCGGAGUCCCGUUCUUCUGCUGGCUGCAGAUCUUCGGCGGCUGUCUUGCAGGUGUACUCUACAUGGCCAAUGUCUGGCAGCAGAGCCCCGGGUUUUACGCCACCUACCUGGAGCUUCUCAUGAUGCUGCUGGGAGCCUUGGCGGCCCUCGCCACUCUCUGCUGGAGGAGGAGGGCCCUCAACCAGAGCGACUUGCAGCGGGACCUCCACAGCUUCGAGUGCCAGCUACAGGACCUCCGCCACAACCCCCAGGGGCAGUGCCCUCGAGGCCAAGGCCGUGCCAUCACUGCCGGGCAGCUUUGGGAUUUCUUCAUCUUCUGGCAGUCCUACAUCUGCAACCGGAACAUGUACUAUGUGGUCUCCAAUGUGGUGAAGCCUUUGACGCGACCUCGAAAGAUUUCGUAUGCAGAGCUGGCGGGAUCUUGCUGCCUGCAAUGGUUCGUAAGCCACUAUUGGGGGACGCCUUUCUGUCACUUUGUGGGCACUGUGCGGAAGCACGCCGAGACGCUCUCCGAUCCUAGCCCUGUCUCAUGGAUGCUCGCCUCCUACUGGAUUUGCUCCCUUGCAAACAACCAGUGGCGCGUGGAAGAGGAGGUCGGCAUGAGUUGGGACCAGUCCUCCUUCUACCUCGCCCUGCGCAGCGGCACCUGCCAGGGAACGGUGAUGGUCUUCGACAAUGACGCCUUGCCAUUGACAAGGUCGUGGUGUUUGUUCGAGCUUCUCCAGACCGCGGAGCUUAGCCGAAACGACUCUCGCUUCCUGGGCCUGCAGAUCUGCACGCCUUCUGGGGUCAUGAACCAUGGCCAGACAAACAUCGAGUUGGCCAUGGUGAUAAGUAAGAAGCUCGCUGACCUGAAUCUCCGGGAUGCGCAGGCAAGCUGCCUGGAGGACAAGCACAUGAUCGACCGGCUCGUCGCGGAGCGACCGGGUGGAUUCGAGCAAAUGAAUGCCUACCUUACCCAGGCCGUCAAUGCCGCCUUGCAGGCCACGGCCCUACGUUUUCAGGAGGACCUUCACCAGCUCCACGAUCGCCUGGCCUCGCGCUCCGAGGGCUUCCACCCGGAGGACGGGUCUCAGCUGCGUGAUGUUAGUCAUGACAGCUACAAGACAUGGACUGGGCUACUCGGGCGGCAGCGUGGCCCACCCGGCGAUCGCAGCGAAGUACUCCGCUAUGGGAAGCUAUUGCAGACGGACCCAUCAAAGCGUCCUCGGAUAGAUUGCCUUGACAACAGCGCUGAUUCAAGGGCAGUUUCCAACAAGACGGAAGGCUAUGAUGCAGAUGCCAACGACAAGCCCACGAAGUACAUCCCCGAAUCCCACAUCCCAGUGUUCAAGCUCUUCCUACGUGGCGACAAGCAGAAUCCCAUUGGCUUCAAGGGGCAGCGAAAUCUGAAAGGCUUCCUGACAUUCCUCCGGCAACACACGAAGCUGGACAUCCAGGAUGCUCUGCGCCUGCUCUAUACCGACUACUGCGUCGACAACUCCAUCGAGGACUUGUACAGGCGGCUGCUCUCCUCUUUGGUGGCUGCUCCCACCUUGCCACCGAACCUGCUGCGCUGGACCGAGCAGUAUUUUAUCGAUCCAGAGCGCUUUAUGCCAUCUGGCCUCGAGGAUACACUGCGCCAGUGCCUGGAUGCGGUCCCGUCUGCGCUUCUCCCAGAGGCCUUGCGACCGCUUCCGGAGGGCACCAAGGUUCGCGUCACUCGCCACGAGGCCACCUUGGACAGGACGCAGAAGAUGAUUGCCGGCGUUUUCGACCAGCGUUGUGCUCGAAAGGAGGGUAACCAUGAACAAGCUCGUCCAAGCAAGACCGUGAGUGAGAAAGCAGCCUGCGUUCUUGAGGAGCUGUUGGGCCAACUGGGUGUGGUCGUGUCUGCCGACGGCAAUGAAGUCCAGGCCCGCCAAGUGGGGAAUGAAGUAGAAGGCGUUGGGAAGAAGAGGGAGCUACAGUAUGUUGUUGGUUGGACUUCGCCGGCAUUUGAAUUCGGGGCCUCCUCCUUCUUACUCUUCAGAAGAUGCUGGGGAACACUAGGCAUCGAUUUGGGAUAG